AUGCUUAUGGUGGAACGAUAUCAUCCAGGCAGUCGCAUAUCGCGUGAUACGACAAGUGGUGAGAGUGAUAGUAACGCAUCAGAUCUCAAUUGCUCACCGUUGCUGCAGUCGGCGAAUAUCGCCAACUCGCAGAUUUAUGCCAAACGCUAUUUCUCUCCAAGCAAUGGUGCAGCGAAUAGGUUAUUGUUAUUACUUUUAUUAUUAUUAUUGCGUUCAUGA